AUGGCCACCACCACCACGUUCAUCGACCGCGCCCACAACAUCAUCGAUCAAUUGGCAAAACUGGGCGACAACUUCUUCGCCAGCAACACCAACAGCAGCCCGCUGCUGCCCGACGCCGCCGCACCCUUCUUGCUCGCGGCACCCCGCAGCAACCAUGCAACAAGCAGCGUCGCCGCCAGCCUUCCCUACAGCGGCCUCGCCACCAUGCUGAUGGACAACGCCGCUCGCCUGAGCAACAGCGAGCAUGCACGUUUCAAGGAGGACCUCGAUAUCCGCAACAUGACCAAUCGUUGGAAGACGAUGUUUGACGAGUUCUUCGCUCACCCCGACAAUUCUCCACCAAUAGAAGAUCCACCUCAACCAGAGAUCCCCAUUCCGGAGAUCACGUACAAAGGAGUUGCAACAGACGUCUUCCUCAAGCCCUAUCAAUGA